AUGGCGUUGGACUUCGUAGCAGGGUGUAUAGGAGGUUGCGCUGGUAUCAUAGCAGGUCAUCCAUUAGAUACUUUGAAAGUACACAUACAGUCUGGGAGAGGUGGUGCAUUAGAAUGUGCAAAAUCUAUGUUGAAAGGAGGAACAUUAGCUAGUGCUUAUAGGGGGGUGGGAGCUCCUUUGGGAGGAAUAGCAGCUGUAAAUGCGAUUGUGUUUGGAGCAUACGGGAACACUAGGCGGGCUUUACCCAAUCCGGAUUCCAUAUACACACAUGCAACGGCCGGUGCGGCCGCUGGCAUGCUUCAAAGCUUCGCAUGUGCCCCAGUGGAAUUAGUGAAGACACGACAGCAACUUGCUAAAUCUGGAGACGGCAUGCCAACCAGAGCUUUAUCAGGAGCACGAUAUAUUUACAGGACUGGAGGUUUCAGAGCUUUGUUUCGUGGACAAGGAGUGACAAUAGCCCGUGAUUGCCCGGCUUUUGCAAUUUAUUUUGGCUCAUAUGAAGCAAUGACACGUGGCGAUUUAAGUGUAACGAAAGUUUUUAUUUCGGGAGGUGUUGCAGGUGCAUUGUCGUGGGUGUGUUUAUAUCCUAUCGAUGUAGUAAAAUCAAGACUGCAAGGUGACGUGAUAGGCCGGUACGCAGGGGCUUGGGACUGUUUCGUACAGUCAGUGCGAACAGAUGGUUGGAAGUGCAUGUCACGCGGCAUUAGUGCGGUUGCUAUAAGAGCUUUUAUUAGUAACGGUGCGUGUUUCACUGCAGUGGCGUGGACGGAGCGUGUAUGGCAAAGCAUGGCUAGCGAAGCUAGUGUAAAGACAUUUGGACCGGCAAGAAUUAGCGAAGCAGUUUGUCAGGAUAACAAAGAUCGACAAUACGACACGUAA